AUGAAUAAUUCAUCAACUUCUAAUUCUAGAUAAUCUGCCCAGAACAUCAUUAACAAAUAUGAACAAAAUAAUAAUAAUGAAGAUAGAUUUACAUUUUAAGUUAGGCCCAACUCACCUAGAGAGACUUUCGGAAAAUAAGCAUAACCCAGGAAUGGCUAAGUUCAAAUUCUAAGAGAAAUUGAUCAGGCCAAUCUCUCAAAGAUGCUUAGUGACUUUUCCAUUGUUUCAGAAUAGGAAGAAUCCAUGUGCCAAAAUCAAUUUAACAACCCUAUUGGAAUCGUUUAACCUACAUAGGUAAUAUAAUAAAAACAAUAAGAGCAAGCACAAGAGAAUUAGAGUUAUCGCGGAACCUUCGGCAAGAAUCCAUACUUUUAGCCUAAGGCUGAAGUUACUGAAAUCAUCGAAAAAAGCUACUUAGAAGAAGAACUCUAUGAUGACAUGUCUGUUUUAAAAGAUAAAGUGAUGGGAUUGCUACAAGCCUAUGCAGAUGAUCUAAAGAAAUCAAACCAUGAUCCUAACAUUAAAUCUAAAAUCUAAGUUGAUGCAAAACAGGUUUUGAAAGAGUAUUCCUAAAUUAUUGAAAAGGUGAAUCAAUCUGAAAUAUCCUAAUUGAAUGUGUCUCAAAAUCAAGUUAAAAAAGAAUCAGAAUUAAACUUGAUGGGCAAUUUGGUAGCUGAAUUCUUGAAUAAAUUUGAGAUGCAAAAACAGCCUGUUCUUAAUGUCUCAUAGGUUUUGGAACAAAAGUUAGCUAAAUCAAGAGUUCAAAAUACUAAUCAACAAUUAGAACUUACAGUUAUGCAUUAAAUUCCUUGUGAUGAAACAUUUUAUCAACAUGAUUAGUAUAAUGAUGAUAAAUUAGAAAUCAAAAUUCAAAAACUUAGGUAGAUGCUCUAGGAUGAACUUGAUAAGCAAUAACUAGUUUAUUCUAAAAAAAUAUUAUCAGAUAUGAUAUCAAAUUUGAAUUAAAUCUUAAUCGCCAAUGAUGCCUAAACUGUUAAAACCAUCAUAUAUAAAAUUGAGAAUAUGAUUAAAUAAUUGCCAUAAGAAGAUUGCGGAUCUAUCUAACUCUAUGAUUAUAUGGCCAAAGCCAUGAAGGCAACCAAAAGAAGAAUCAAAUAGAUGGAUCCACAGAAUUAGUAAUAAGAAAAAACACUCAAAAGAAAGUUUUUUGAUCUUGCCACCCAACUAAAGAAUAAAUUACCGUAAGAUCAUCCAGGGAGAAACGAAAUGAUAUCGGUGCUUUACGAUCUUUAUUGUUAGGCAAAUAAACCAGAACAAAUGGAGGAAUUCAUUACAAAUCAAUUGAAUUUAGCAAAAUGA